CCACCUUAUCUCCUCCACCACUUUCAAUUUUCUGUUUUCCAUCUUUUUGGGGUAACCAUAACAAAGUUGUAAGAAACAAAGAAUUCCAUUUCCUAAAUCCACAACCCAAAAACAGAAGUACUCUCUAGCUUCUUCUUCAUGGCUCGUGAAAUUGAAGAUGUUAGAUACGAUGAGGAUUUCAUCCUGAAUUCUAGAGGAUUGAAGCUUUUCGCAUGCAAAUGGGUCCCCCUAAAGCGAGAACCAAAAGCCUUGAUCUUCAUCUGCCAUGGCUACGCCAUGGAGUGCAGCAUCACCAUGGAAAGCACGGCGCUCAGGCUAGCCAGAGCAGGAUUUGCAGUGUACGGCAUGGAUUAUGAAGGCCAUGGAAAAUCGGCUGGGCUCGCCGGCUACGUCAGUAGCUUCGACGCCGUCGUCGACGACUGCUCCGAACAUUACACAAACAUAUGUGAAAAGGAAGAGAACAAAGGAAAAAUGAGAUUUUUGUUGGGGGAGUCCAUGGGUGGAGGAGUGGCUCUGCUCUUGCACAGGAAAAAGCCGGACUUCUGGGACGGCGCAGUUUUGGUGGCUCCCAUGUGUAGGAUUGCAGACGAAAUGAAGCCACAUCCACUUGUUAUAAGUGUUUUGACAAAGCUUUGCAACUACAUUCCAACUUGGAAAUUAAUCCCUGGUCAAGACAUUGUUGAUGUCGCCUUUAAAGACCCUGAAGUGAGGGAAAAAAUUAGAUCAAACCCAUAUUGCUACAAAGGACGUCUUCGCCUGAAAACAGGGAAUGAAAUUCUCAGGGUCAGCAAUGACCUAGAAAAAAGACUCAAUGAGGUUUCUCUGCCGUUUAUGGUCCUACAUGGUGAAGAUGACAAGGUGACCGACAAGAAUGUGAGCCAACAACUGUACAAUGUGGCAUCGAGUACAGACAAGACCUUCAAGCUCUAUCCUGGGAUGUGGCAUGGCUUGCUCUACGGAGAGCCGCUCAACAACAUCAACAUUGUAUUUUCAGACAUCAUCGGAUGGUUAGAAAACAGAGUUUCCUUCGGGAACUUGAGGUUGGAGAGAGAAUUGAAGCUUCAUAACGAUGAUUUAAACUUGAAAUUGAUGGAGAAAGAAGAGAUCAUUAGUUAAUAUUUUGCACUCUGAAAGUGCAUUUUCUCCAAUUAGAUGUGAAUGAACAAAACCUACCCAGAAUAUGAAAAUUUAUCCUGUAAUAUUCAAUUAUAUAUAAAUAUAGUUUGUUCCUUCAA